AUGGAGGAAAGAUUGGACAAGGUUAUGGCCACCACAGACUGGUGCAAUUUACUUGACAAAGCUUAUGUGGAGAAUGGGGUGGUGGAAGAUGCCUUGAAGGAUAGGAAGGCGGAAGGGCUCAUAAGCUGCUUACAUCUAUGUGGAGAGAGGUUGAGGAGGUGGGGAGAAGAUCACUUUCACAAGUUUGGUGAGCGCAUAAGACUUCUUCGCAGGAAACAACUGUCCUUGCGUAGGGUGAGGGACCCAACCUUCUUGGCUGAGUUCCAGCUUUUGGAGGAUCAGUUGGCCCGGCUAGAGGCCCAGGAGGAUGCUAUUUGGAAGCAGCGAGCCAAACAACAUUGGUUGAGGGGAGCGGACACGAACACAUGGUUUUUCCACAGGUAUGCCUCUGCCCAAAAGAAGAAAAACUCUUUGUCUAGACUUAAGAAUGAUUCUGGGGUGUGGGUUGAGGGUGAGAGGGAUAAUGAACUUUUAUUGCCCCCAUUUGCUUAUGAUGAGGUUAAAGCAACCCUGUUUUCUAUGUUUCCUGAUAAAGCCUCGGGGCCCAAUGGGAUGAACCCUGGGUUUUAUCAGCAUUAUUGGGAUGUAGUAGGUGAGGAUGUGUUGGCCUUUGUGGUUAAUUGCCUGAGUUCUUGUUUUGGUCUCAAUGACACUAACGUGGUGUUGAUUCCUAAGAAGAGUAUUCCUGAGUCUGUGUCAGACUUAAGGCCUAUUGCGUUGUGUAAUGUUGUUUACAAGAUUAUGGCUAAGUCUCAAAGUGUGCUCAUUCUGAAUAGGCUCAUUACUGACAAUAUCCUAGUGGCAGUAGAGGUGGGGUAUUUUCUGAAUAGGAAGCAAUGUGGUAUGGUUGGGUGGGGAGCAUUGAAAUUGGAUAUGGAAAAAUCUUAUGAUUGUAUGAAGUGGCCCUUUCUGCGGAAAAUGAUGCUGGCUUUGGGCUUUGCUGAAAAAUGGGUUGAGCUAAUUAUGCUUCAUGUUACCACUGUCUCCUAUAAUUUCUUGAUUAAUGAAGCUAGUAGUGGGCAGGUUGUGUCAACCUAUAAUAGGCUUUUGUUCUUUAAGGCAAAUGUCCACGAAGCUGGGGCGAUUAAACAUUGUUUGGAUGUAUAUGAAGGUAUGUCUAGUCAGGCCGUGAACUACCACAAGUCUAGUAUUUGUUUUAGUAGGAACACUUCUAAGAGUGAUAGAGAAGAGGUGGCUGGUGUGCUAGGUGUUGCUCAAGCAACAAACUUUGGUAAGUAUUUGGGACUGCCAAGCUUUGUGGGGAGGAAUAAGAGAGCUGCCUUUUCAUACAUUGAAGAUAAGAUCAGGCGAAGAAUCUGUUCAUGGAAUAAGAGAUUAUUGUCCCAGGCUGGCAAAGAAAUCUUGUUGAAAAGUGUGGCCCAAGCAAUGCCCACUUUUUCAAUGCGUGUACUAUGA